AUGGCUAGUGUGCAAACCACAAGAAUACAAAAUCCACGCUUUUUCGACGACAAAGAAAGUUACUCGAAUCGACUUAAAAUUUUGGUCCAAUUUGUCCAACCGGAACAACCACUUACCGAACAAGAGAAAUUGUUUUUGUUAAGGGGAGACACUAUUUAUCACUCAUUCAUCUUACAAAUUGCCGAUAAAAUUUCCAAGUCAAAAAAGCCAUUAGAGCCGGAGUCUUCGACAUUUCUUCGGAGUCUUUCUGUCUCCCUCGAAGUGUUUGGGAAAAUAGCGUUUAGACAAGUGUAUUCAUCCAAACUCAGUGAAGUUCUUCAACAGAUGUUAUCUUCAGCUUCACCGACAAAGACUCGAAAACAAGUCUUUUUCUUACUAUUAGACUCCAUUUGUAUUAAUGCAUUCAAAUGUUCCGAGUGGGAGACAUCAAUAUUUGAAUUUUUGAAUUUGGAAGUAUUCACACAAAAGGCGGAAAUGAAUGUGGUUGAUGAGAAUGGAGAGAACAAAUACAUCAAUAGUGUGGAGAACCUCCACGCAUUGAUGAUACGGGUCGUUGAGGAUUAUAACUCUUUUAUAGCUUUAUUUACUAUAUUCCAGAGUACAUUAGAAAGACUCUAUGUCGCACGAAAAGGUGACUCUCCUGUGAACGAUGAUGUCCACGCGAUAGUCACAGAGACUCUGAGCAGCUUGAAGUUCAAUUAUGUAGUCUUUAUGUGCAAGAACUCGAAGUCUCUUGUGAUUAUAGAGAAGGUCUUUUUGAUAAUAUGUCAAAAAAUGUUACAGCCACAAGACCAGUUUCGAUUCUUUUCGAAUAAGACUGCGUUUAAGAAGAUUUUUGAAUGUUUUAUUACGAAUGAAUUUACAACAGACUUAGAAAUGGGCUUGAAGAAUACUACAAGUGACGGUGUGACUCAAAUCAUGUUCAGAGAAUUCCAAAAGACUAUAUUGCGAGGGAUAGAAAUUGUACUGUUUUCUUUGACAACACCAGACUCGGAUACGAUGAUAUCAUUUGGGACUGAAAUUAAACAGAUGUACUCUGAUAUAUUAGAAAAGCAAAAGUUUAUAAGUAAUGACUUAAAAAGAGUCAUUGGUCUUGUAUCACUGAGUGUAGUAUGGAGAAUAGGAUUCUGUAAGAGUGUGACUGCUUCAAUCGAAACAACAAGCAUUCAAACGGUCAAAAACGACAUCCAGAAGACUAAAGCAGCAGACUUUGUGAUCAGCGCUCUUCCACUUUGGGUGGAAUUUAUGACUGACCAGAAGGACUGGGAUUUGUUCUUUCAAAAGAUUGUUAUAGUCUAUGACUCUACUUUCUUUGUCAAGGAUAUUCGCGAUCUCUUUGUAUCGCUCACACUUUUAAUUAUCAAAAUAUAUAAUCACAUAGAAAUGCCAAAUGAAGACGAGCAAAAGAUGCACGGCUAUGGAUUUUGUGUUAAAAGUGAGGAGUUUUCGCCAUCUCGAAAAUUAGACCAAUUUAAUGUGAAUAAUAUGGAACACGAAAAAUUGCUGUUUUUCUGGAAACAAAUGUUCCUUUUAGUCAGUAAUGCGAGUUGUGUAAGUCAAGGGAAUGUCUUGUUCGAAUGGAUUGUCACUAUGAGACUUGCACUGCGGUGCCUCAUUAUUGGAGAAGUCGAAAGCCACUAUCAAAGGGAUGAGAUCAUAUCAAUUGCAACACACUUCUUCCCAUUCUUUGUCGGUGUUUUACAAAACCAAAAAGACGAGUCAGUUGUAUUAGAAAGUAUUAAAGGUCUUAUUGACAUUAUUACACAACCUCGAGUCGUUUACAACAAAAUAGUGUAUUCAACGGUCUCGGCAAUCAUUGGAAAUGCAUUUGAAUGUUCUGAGACACUUUCCAUUCAAAUUGCAUCGUUGUUGUCUCGAGUGUUUAUUCGUGGUGUUCAAAUGGACUUUUUAGUUCUUCCGAUCUUACAACUGUUAUGUUACAAAUUUCCAAAAGAUAUGUCUGAAGAAGAGGAGCUUGGCAUCAUUCAACUUGUAACUAUAUUGUCAUCAAUAAAUAUACCACAGAACGUGUUGCCAACUGAAAAGAAAGUAGUUAUAAUUGGCCAUGUGAUGACUAACAUAUUCAGUUGCUGUAAAUCACCAAAAGUGCAAGGAGUAGUGUUAUGGGGAAUAGGGCGCAUGAUAGUCCAAACUGAGAAACACAGCGAAGUGUCAAAUAUAGUGCUAUUAAAUGUUAUAACUCAAACCAUACAGAAAACAAGUCAUCUUGUUGAACAAGGUCUUGAAGUAUUAGUGUAUAUCGUUCGCUCACUUUGUCAAGAAAAGGGUUGUGUUGUUGAAUUGAUACUGAAUUUUAUUAUGAAGAUGGUUGUGAGGCUUCAAAUUGAAAAGGAAAGUGUUUUCUUUGAUACGUGUGUAAUGGCAUUGGUUGAAAUUUUUCAGACGAGUGGAUUUGUGUUUACUAAUCAAAAUAACGAGAACGCAGAGUUGUUGAAACAAGUUGUGGAAAUCGACGCAGGACAGAAUGUCUAUUUACAAGCACUGUGCUGUGUAGUAUUUUCUAAUCUCAAAAAUUGCACACUGAAACCUAUGAGUAAUGAGAACGAAAAGAGUAGUUGGUACGUUGUGAGUUCCUCACUUGUAUCCAUCACACCAAAUAACAACGGAGAAUCAAACGUUGUCGUAAGAAGUCCAAAUGGAAUAAUAACAACACAAGUCACUACUAUAGAAAGUCGAGAAACAAACACCAUUCCAAUAGCGCCAAUUAUGAAAGGAACAAAAACACCGAUUUCUGUAAUAAAACAGCGUGUUAGGCAAAACGUCCUCUAUAACAAACUUCAGAACGAAAAGUGCAAACAGAAGUUGUUUGAUAUUCGCGAGAGUGUAAAUAAAGAGAGUUAUAUGCGAUAUAAGUCUCAACAACAAACCACACUUGAAGAGUAUCAAAAGACUGAAACCCUCAUCAAUUCAGUAGAAGAAUCUUUAUUUGAAGAAAUUGUACCACAGCCAAAUCCGGCAUGUGUGAUAAGUCAAGACAAGGGUUUUGUACUCGGAAUGUUCAUGCAACGGAAUGGUAUGACCAGGAAAGUAAAAUAUGACGUUAUAAAAGACAAAGUAAAAGCUCUUGAUGCUCUUGGAACACUUCAAAUACUUGAAAUUGGUUUAAAAGGUCAGGAAGAAGAUGGGAGUUUCAUUGAGUUUAAACGACUUUUUGAAAGUAACGAAUAUAAUGAUAUGUACUGCGUCCAUAGUAGUUUUAAAAUUACGAACAAAAGUAAGUUUGUGGUUAUAUGGAAUGACGACAUAGAAAGAUGGAGUGAUGAACUUAAAUACAUGGAGACUAUUAUCUGUUGCACACCAAUCGAUAAUACAGUCAGAAUUCGGAUGAUAUCUAAAAAGUCAUAUUCUAUAGGACCAAUAUUAGAUAAUACCAUUGUGAGUGGUGAAGACUUUAUACAACUUCUUAAAGAAGCCGCAACAUUCUGUUUGACUUCGUUUAAAGAAAAUAUUGUAUAUAAAAGACUGGAGAUCAUCAAACAAGUUCAACAAGUCUGUCAACCACCAAAAGAUGUCAACCAAUUUUUCUUGGAUGGCUCUGCGCUGUUUCAAUGA